GUCCUAGCGAACUUUGAUCGAUCCUCUUCACUUUGAUCCUAUCUUGUUUCUAUACUGAAAUUCUUAGAUCAAAAUAUAGUGUGACAUAAUCUGAGGAGUAAGUUAGAUUCAAAUCUUCUGGUCGAUAGCUGUAAAUUCCCUUGCAAUGUUUUCUAUGACUCUAAUUGCUAGAUCUGCGCUGGUUGUAUGAAUUUUUGGGAUAAUUUCGAUUAUUUUUCUUUGAACUUAUAUAUCUUGAAUUCGUUUAUUGAGAUUUAAGACUUGUAUUGAUUUUCAAAGUUGUUUAUAUUGGGAGUCGAACAUUAAUCUAUUUUCUCUUCCUCUGGAUAAUGAAGCACUUGCCAGUUGUCAGUUUCAAAACCAUGGUUGCAAAUAAGAAGCUAACUACAACCGAUGCACUUGAUUUCCUCCAUCUUGUAAAAACUAAAUAUCAAGAUAAUCGUGAAAUAUAUGAUAGUUUUCUUACGAUCAUGAAGGAUUUCAGAGGUCAGAGAGCUAAAACAUGUGACGUCAUAUCAAAAGUGAAAGAACUCUUCAAAGGGCAACCAGAGCUUCUCUUAGGUUUCAACACAUUCUUGCCAACGGGGUUUGAAAUAACACUCAGUGAUGACGAACUUACGUCAAAUUCGAAGUUUGCUCACUUUGACGAAGCAUAUGAAUUUGUCAACAAGGUCAAGGUGGCUAUCCUUUUUCAAGGCCAUCGAGACUUGCUUGAGGAAUUUCAUCUCUUUCUUCCACAUUAUGGAUGAAGAAUGAUGAAUUAUGUAUACAAUGAAGCCAUGCAAGUUGUGGUUCAAAGCCACUUUAUCUGCUUCCAUUUGACUCAAUGGGGAUUAUCAUUAGUUUGUUGCUGAACUGGUAAAACUAGUACUCAAUUUUUCAAGUUGUUUUAUACUAUUUAAACUGAAUAUUAUGGAUAAUACACAAAUUAUUUAUC